GUCGCCUUUGCUGGCACUGCGGCGGCCGAGGUCACGAGCAGGCCGAUUGCGAGGCGCUCCGAAACGGUGCAGAUCGGACAUGUUUCCUCUGCAAGUCCGCCGAUCACAUCAGCAGCGACUGCCCACAGAAGACUGUGGAGAAGAAGCCGCCCUUCGUUGCCGAAGUGCGGCAGGUUGGUGAGGUCAAAGCUACUUCGCCGAGGCUGAGCGUGGUCAUCACGACCAGCCCCAUUCCAAGUCAUCCUUCAACGAUGCUCUUAGAGGCGGUAAUCGCGAGCUUCACUCGAGUACAAGGCCUUGCCGACUGCCCGCUGAUCAUCGUUUGUGAUGGCCCCUUGGCAGACAGGAAGUGCUACGCUAGAGCGGUGAUAGGCAUGGACACUUCUGUUAACGCGUCUUUCUCAGACCUUCCUGCUGAGUAUCAGCAGGCAACCGGAAUCGGCGCGACGGAACCUCGUUCUGGCCCAGGUUUGACUGGUGGGAAUGGUGGUGAUGUUACGGCGGCCCCAGAGGGCGUGAAGGCGAAUGUCAAGAGUGGGACACGAAAUGUUUUCCUCUCCUACGUCACAACUUCGGGUGGAAGCAGAUCCAGUGUUGUUCUCUGGGAUGGGAGCGGCACCAAGGACUGGGUGGUAAAGCUGUGCAGCGGAAGAAGGACCCCUACGGACAAGCUGUUCAAGGUGGUGGAGAGCAACGGCACGGUGGUGUUGGAUAUCGAUAGCCAACGUCUUCCUCAGCUAGACUUGUGUCGCAGCGGUGCAGGAGUGAUGAUGAUGUUGUUAUGGGGGGCAGCGACUGGUCGAGUUGCGGCAAUCCUGGAGGGACUACCUCGGCACCGGGCACUAGAUCAUACGCUGCGGGCGACGGUGUUGUAUGAGGUGGCUACGGCAGGGCGAAUGGCUAUGUGUACGGAGGCAGAUGUUCCAUUGGAUGGAGUAGCUUUCUCACUGUGGGCGUCGUCAGAGUCCGAGGAAGAUGAAUCGUCGUUGACUUGGUUGUUCAAAUGGUUCCGGCGUUGGAUUGCAGAGAGACACAUGGACCUUUGUCACUUCGAACAAGGUGGUUUGGGACACCCUCUGAGGAGGCCAACGACUAUGGCUACCAAUAUGGACGUGGCAGAGUUGAAGGGGGUUGUGGAUGGACGAACAAUGGGCCAGGAGGAGAAAGGGUCGUGGUCACAGUGGGCGCCGAUGUUGGUGCGAACGCUUGUCCGAGGACUUAAGAGAUGGAAACAGCGUCCGGGGUGGUACACCCGAAUGGUCAAGGCGGUGAAGGCCGUAGACCGGAGAGCGUGGGAAAGACAUUUGGCCAACGAUCACGUUCCAUAUCGUGCCGACUGUUUGCAGUGCAUCCACAACGCUACGGGAAGGCCUCAUAGGAAAUGUCUACAUCGAGAUUGCUAUGUGUUGAGUGCGGACACUUUGGGUCCUGUGAGAGUCGCCGGGGUGAAGGGGGAGAAAUAUGCUGUGGUCUUCACCUACCAGUUCCCGAAACAGAAGCUGGUUUCAGAAGAUCAACCUAUCCCUGAAGGAGAUCUUGAUGGAUGGAGUUUGGAUGUGAAGCAAGAGGAAAUCUCCAAGACAACCGAGGACCCAGAGGACUUUGAUGAGUAUGUGCCGGACAUGGAGGAAGAUGAGAUGUUAACCCCCGAAGCCGAAGAAGAACUUCGACGUGUUCAACGGGAGCCAGGACCUUUUCCCGAGGCCAGUCUAGUGCGAAACGCAGAUGGUGGUGAUCCAGCAGCAAGAGCGGCCAAGAAGAAGGAGGUUUCGGAUGAUUGGUGGGAGUUUCGGGAAUCUUCAGGAGUACUGGUGCGGCAUCAUGUGACUCCGCGAACGACUUUGUUUAGGCCCACGUCGUGGAACGGCUGCCCUAUUUCACCACACAUUCUCGACUACACCAGGGUGACUGAGGUGAAGUUUGUUAGUGGUGGAGUGGACACUGAGACGUCUGAUUGGCAUGGACCACAGUCCGGAUCGAGAGCUUUGGAGAGACCAUGGACCGGACGUACAACUUUCACUGUCUCGACGGCGGAGGUUCCGGAAGAUGAAGACGAGCUGGCGAAGGAUGAGGAGACCUGGGAAAAGAUCAUAGGAGACCUCACUAAGCCAGUAGAGAUGGAUACUGUCUACUUGGUCUAUCCGGUUCGUUCCCGGCGUGGAGGAGAUGCAAUGUUAGCAGUGCAAGAAGCGGUGCUGAGGCUGAAGUUGCUGGGUUACCCUGUGGCCAGACUGCACUCGGAUCGUGGGUCAGAGUUUGCUUCGAAAGGGUUGCGAAAAUGGUUGUUGAACCACGACAUCUACCACACCCGUUCGGAAGCCUUGGUCCCCCAAACGAAUGGCGCAGCUGAGAGGGGAGUUAGAUGGUUCAAGACGAUGGCCAAGGUGCUGAUGGCGGAGGCUAAGGUUCCACUCAAGUAUUGGACGUUGGCUAUGCAGCACGCGGCGAACCGAAGGAUGCAUGAGCGGUUCGGUUUGACUACACCCAAACUACUGCAGUUCGGCUCUAAGGUGAUGAUUCGGAGGAAGGUGUUCGGCAAUAACAAGAAGUAUGACCUGACGGAUCGAUGGGAGGAGGGUGUUUAUCUUGGGUUGUCGGAUACGAUCAAGGGUGGAGCUGUGGUCUUACGAGAGAGUGGAGUUCUUACCGAGACGUUGAAUAUGAAGACCAAUGUUGUGGAUCCGCAUGUUCUGCUCGCGGAACCUGAAGGAGAGGACGGAGGAGGAGUUGGUUCGGCAUCUUCAGGAGCAGUACCUGUUGUUGAAUUACCAGAACCUAAUUUCCGUAUGGGUGACAAACGACCACCACCUUUACCUCAACUACUAAAGCUGGAUGGCGAGGAACAGAUACCUUCAGGUUGGAGGAUGCGGUCGUUGGUACAACAACAGGAGGAGCGAGCCAGAUACUUUUACAACAUGGGCAAGUUUGAUUCGGAGACGUGCGCGGAAGUUCUGCGCGAUGUUCAUCUGGGUGGAAAAGCAAAGAGGGUCACAAGGGGGAGGAACACGUCGGCGAUGAUACUUGGUGGGUAUGUUCAUGGGGGAAUGAGAGGAGCUACGUCUAUGACCUCAAGAAGGCCUUGGCUCACGAAGUACUUGAACAUGGUGCUCAGACAACGGACUUUGGAGACGACUAAGUGGGAACCAAGGUGGACAACUUUGGGUGUGUUCAAGGCUGCGGAUAUUCCUCCACAUCGGGAUUUGAGGAACAAACCAGGUAUGCCGAACUUUGUUAUGGAGGUUGGAAGCAUUGAGUUUGAGGGCCUAUGGUUGUCUGAUGCUCACGAAGGCAGCAGCGAGGACGGCACGCUGGGUCAGGACCUACAACGACAACUCCCGGACGGUGCGCUGGCGGAAGGACGUGUGGUUAACAUCAAGAACAAAGUGGCUGUGUUUGACCCAAAGAAGUUGCAUUCGUACGUUGAGGGGGAUGAUAGCAACAGGUGGAUUAUUGCUGGGUUUACACCUCUUGGUGUGGACACACUACCGCCAUAUUCAGUAGCCCUUCUCAACCGAUGUGGGUUUCCUCUGGAGCGGACGGGUGUUGAAGUGUAUGAUGUGGUGGAUGAGGAGUUGAUUUAUGAUGACCAGGCAAGCGAGGACUCCGAGGAUGGGACGUCGGAUGAGGAGGAGAUUGAACAGACAGCUCGGAUUCUAAGGUGUGAGAUAGAGGAGGAAGCCAAUGGUGCGUCGAGCAGCAGUCCGUUCUACCUCAACUUUCUACAAAGGGAGUUCGAGCGUUGUGCUAGUGAGCUUGGUCAGACGCAGCACAACCAAUGGCGUCGCAUUCUCAAGGUGUCUCCGGGCGAGGCAAAGGAGGUGGAAGUGGAAGAACUUCUUCGUGCAUUACAUGGUCCUUUGGAAGUCGUGCACAAUGUCAGCUUGCCUGAAGUACGUAAACACAUUACAUUGUGGAAGGAAGCCAUUAUGAAAGAGGUCACGGCUUUGGUGGAUUCGGGUACGGUGACCAGACUCAGUCCCGAGCAAACGCGGGAGCUAAAGAAGUGUGGAUUGGUUGUGCUGCCGGGUAAGGCAGUAUUCACUGUCAAACCGCCGGUGGAUCCCAGUGGACCUAGCAAGUAUAGGCGCAAGUGCCGGGUGGUGGUGUGUGGAAACUUCUUACCUCAGCAAGAUCAAAAUGUAUACGCUUCAGGCACUUCUGCGGAUACCUUACGAAUUGCAGUGGCUUUGGCGGUCAAGAUGGGGUGGUGCAUUGCCAGUACGGACGUGGCUAACGCAUUUACCUUGGCUCCGAUGCCGGAGGAGCUGAUGUAUGCCUUGACCCCUCCUACAGUGGUCGUGUUGGCUGGAGCCGCAGCACCGGGCGAGACAUGGCAGAUCACUCGGGUGUUGUAUGGACUCAGGGAAGCUCCUCGUCUUUGGGGGGAUUUCAGGAAUGCCAGGCUGGCCGAUGCGAAGAUUCCAUAUGGGGAAAUGAUGGUGGUGCUAACGGCUACAACUACCGACGAGAACCUGUGGAAGGUGACGUACGAACACAAUGGUGCCCUUCAAGGUGUGCUUCUGGCUUAUGUCGAUGACUUUCUGAUCAUGGCAGAGCGUGGUCUAGUGGAUGCAAUAUAUCGAUGGUUGACGUCGGACUGGAAGUGCACAGACUUGGAGUGGAUAGAAGGAGGCUCGUUAAGGUUUCUCGGAGUGGAGCUGAGAGUUUGCGGACAAGGAGUGCAUGUGUCUCAGUCUGGAUAUGUAAGAGAUCUUCUACGUCAACAUGGAAUUGAGGAGGAUGUGAAUGGUGGCCUAACUGUGCCCUGCAAUCGGGAGUGGUUACAGGAUGCGGACUCGGACGACGAAGUGGAGGUCCCAGAGGAGUCUGUGGUGAAGAUGGCUCAGAAAGCUACGGGCGAGGCACUGUGGUUGUCUACGAGGAGCAGGCCAGAGCUGGCUCAUGCUGUGGGAUGCAUGGCUUCAUGUUGUUUGAAAAGGCCGCAGCGGACAUUGGAAAUCAGCAAGCGAGUGCUAAAGUACUUAGCCAGGACAGCUGAGUACGGCAUUUGGUACAAGGAGAUUCCGGAAGAUCCGUUGAUGGCGGUCUACUCGGACGCAAGCUAUGCUCCAGGCGGGGGAAGGUCCUACGGAUCUACGAUGGCUCAAGUGGCUGGGAUGCCGGUCGCAUGGCGAGCAUCGAAGCAACCAGUGAUUACGUUGUCGGUAGCCGAAGCUGAGCUCUACGAAGGAUGUUCAGCUGUUCAGCUAGGACUUGGUGUUAUGGCACUGUUGACGGAGCUGGACUUCAACCCGGUGAUGCACUUACGCAUCGACAAUGUUGCAGCACAGGGACUCGCGAGCGAGUCCCCGGGAAGCUGGAAGACUCGCCAUUUGCGCAUAAGGGCCCGGUUCCUUCGUCAGGAAGUUGCAGCGCAAAGGUUGGUCAUCUCGCACGUGAGUGGAUGUUUACAGAAAGCCGACCUCGGUACAAAGGGGUUCGAUCUACCGAAGUUCAAAGCACUGUUGGAUCUGUGGCAGAUCAUUCCAUGUGUCGCCAAGGAGGCGUCGAAUGCAGCAUUGCGGACUAUGCGACCUACCAAUGGUGGAGGUAUGCUGCUGUUUGUGAUGGUUUGUCUGUGCUUGAUCAAGGGUGUGAAUGGGAACAAGGAAGAUUUGCCUCUAGAUGGCUCGGUGGAGUUCUACUUCAUGAUGAUCGUGGCCUUAAUCGCGGCAGUUGGGAUGUGGGAGUUCGCCAAGAAGAUUCUCAACAAGAUUUGGUCCUGGUGGAGUGUUCGUCAGCGUAGGCAACAAAGGACGGAAAGGUUGAGAACAAGGACCAGGGAUGCAGUGCAGGAGGAGGCAGGCUUCUACGAGAACGUCGAGAAGUUCCGAUGUGUGGACAACGAGCGCUGA